AUGGCUUCAGAGGACCUUUAUGCAAUCUCCGCUGACUGGCUCAAAAGCAUAGAGGGUUGCGUCGUCCACCGGAGAUGCUACGUCAUUUGUGAGCCAUUUUCUUUCGGAUGGGUGGUUUCAGAGGUCCGGAAAAAAUACGCGGAUUCCUCUCAGAGGUGGUUGAUGGAAAGCCGCGACUUGAGCAUUCUGGUCUUCGUAACUUCAAACCUAGACGAUCACACUGCCAAUGCGCCUCACCAUUGCAAAUGCCAGGUCCGCAAGACAUUAAAGGAGUACAAGGUGCUUUCACAUUAUCAUUACGAAAACCAGCUGCACUCGGACGAGGUUUUCUUCCGUCUGAUGCAAGAUGCCGAUGGGAAGUGGAAGGCUUUAACUCUUUUCACAAACAUGCAGGACCUUGUCGGGCAUGAGGAGUCUUCUGCAGAUCAACACGGCUUAUACGAGGUUGGUGGUGGACAAGCGGGCCUUAUGUCUGCAGCACGGCUGCGUAGGUUGGGCAUCCGUGCGCUCGUGAUCGAGAAAAAUGCGCGUGUCGGAGACUCCUGGCGACAACGGUACCCGAACCUUACGCUGCAUACCCCCACAUAUCACAACUCCAGUAUCAUGUUUCUCAGUAAUGCUAGGACAACCUUCCCCGAGUACAUUCCUAAGGGGAAACUUGCUAAUUUCCUAGAUUCAUAUGCUGUGGACCAGGAAUUGUGUAUCUGGCUCUCGAGUAGCAUAGCCUCAACUCCAGUGUACGACUCAUCAUCCGCAAGAUGGACCGUGGAAAUCCAGCACGGAGACCAGAAAGUAUUCCUUAAACCGAAACACCUGGUACUUGCCACAGGAUACGGGAGCCCUCGCAUUCAUACUUGGAACGGAAUGGACGAAUUUCAAGGAGCCUUGUAUCAUUCCGACUUCCAUAAAGACGCAGAGCGAUUCCGAGGCAAACGUGUUGUUGUUGUGGGUGCGGGCAAUGCUGGUGCAGAUAUAUGUGAAGAUUUCGUAGCGCAUGGUGCCACUGAGAAAAGCUUUAAGUCGCCUUUCCCUGACGGCACCCCUGUCGAGGAACUGGAUUUCCGCAUGAAUUCAAUGCCUAUGGCCUUUAUCCUGCAACUGAAAAUAUCAGUGGCGAGGUUGGGGUGGACGGAUUUGUGUUCAGCCGCCGGGCAUCAGGAACCAUGCUUGACGUUGGCUGUGAUAAAGCAAGGUCAAGAUAUCAGUCACCUCGACAAAGAUGGGAUCACGUUUAAAGACGGCUCCAAGCUUUCAGCAGAUGCUAUCGUCCUAGCGUAUGGUCUGACUAGUAGUUUCUGUACAGGAUAUGAACCCAUCAUGAAGACUAUGAGAGCUCUUCUUGGCAAUGAAAUUACCGAUCAACUUCCACCUGAG